UCCAAGGAAACCCAGGAGUAACUGGCUGACGCAGUUAGUCGGCGGUUGUAUGAAUUUGCGUUACGGACGCAGUGACGUAAUGGUUAACUGUAACGGACUUUGGGUGCUCGGGGCCAGAGCUUCCAUGCUACUAUUCAAGCUCGGUGCUUUGAAUGCAGACAGCAGGCAGGAGUGUAAACUAACCGUUCUGCUAGCUCGGCAGCCGCCGACGAGCUGUGCUUCUGUCUAGCUUCCUGGAUGAUGAACUCCGUUUCUUAGACUAAAUAGAGCUGCGUCCUUAUUUUAUUUAUUUUUUAAAAAACUGUUAUAAAACUAUUUUAAGUCAUGGCGAACUUUGUAAAGACAUUUGUGCAGAUUUGUAAUUAUUUACAAGACCCCCAACUUGUAGCGAGGUUUCAAAAUUUCUGCGGCGUUAAAGGGACAUUUCCGGAUAAAUCGACCACACCGGACAGCGGGGGGUCGGAACCGGACCGUCCCGGGUUGAGGAAGAGGGUCCAGCAGAGCGCACAGAGCUCAGAUGCAGGUGUUGGGAAUGGAGCAGCCGGAGAUGGCCCCAUACCGCAAGUUAACGGGACGCUGGUCGACGAUACCGCCGAGCCCGAUGGCUCCUCCUCCUCCUCAUCAGCUGCAGCAGACUCAGAAACCACCAUAGCAAAACCCCUCCGGAGGAACUCACUGACCGGGGAUACCGGUCAGGAGUUCCUGAUCCACAACAAGUUUCUGUUUUACCUGUUCACCUUUGGCACUGAGCUGGGCAACGAGAUGUUCUUCAUCGCCUUCUUCCCUUUCCUCUUCUGGAACAUCGACGCCCUGGUUAGCCGGAGACUCAUCGUGGUCUGGGCCUGGAACCUGUUCGUGGGACAGUCCACCAAGGACAUGAUCCGCUGGUCCCGACCGGCCUCUCCCCCUGUGGUAAAGGUGGAGGUCUUCUACAACUCCGAGUACAGUAUGCCCUCCACGCACGCCAUGACGGGCACGGCCCUGCCUUUCUGUCUCUUCAUGCUGACCUACGGACGGUGGCAGUAUCCUUUCCUCUUGGGCUUCUGUGUGGCUCUCAGCUGGAGUGUCCUGGUCUGUGUAAGCCGAGUGUACAUGGGGAUGCACUCUGUUCUGGAGGUAAUCAGUGGUUUCUUGUACGCCCUCCUUGUUCUUGCCUUCUUCCAGCCAAUCCUGGGAAAGAUCGACAACUACUACAUGAUGGGCCACUAUGCUCCACUUGUGAUUGUCUUGUCGCAUGUGAGCUUUGGACUUGUGGCUUUCUCUCUGGAUUCCUGGAGCACUUCUCGGGGCGAUACAGCUCAGGCACUGGGCACUGGAGCAGGAGCUGCUUUAGCUUCUCAUGUGAACUAUCAGCUGGGGAUGCUGCUAGAUCCCCCACUUUCCUCGCUUCCUCUAACUUUACCAUCACUCAGUAUUAGCUUAGUGUUACGCUCCCUGCUACGCUUCUUCAUUGGAGUUGCCGUCAUCCUCGUCACAAGGAUGGUUAUGAAAGCACUGACAAUUCCCUUCUUAUGUCGACUAUUCGGGCUGCCCACAGACGAUGUAAGACGGGCGAGACAGCACAUGAAAGUGGAGCUGCCGUAUCGCUACAUCGUCUACAGUGUUGUGGGUUUCAGUUGCGUGUGCUUUGUGCCUCUCCUCUUUAGGGUCUUAGCUCUUGCCUAAGCAUUGUGUGUAAACUGUCAUGUCCUGCUGACAUGGUGACGGCCAACAGCACGUGGAAACAUGUUGCUUAUUUUGACCCAAGUGAAGUUUCUGUUUCUGCAUGAUAGAGGAUGAUUUAAAGGAUAAAUCCUAUGCUAUUCUGUGUUUCCCUUAUCAUUAAAUCACAUCAAAAGACUAGAACCAAUAAUGAAUCGACCCUCAAUAUGGGGUGAAUCCAGCCAGAGGGGUGUACUAUGAGUUACUACUUAACUUCAGAGUUUUGUGUGUCACAAAAGUUGAUCUUUUUAUCUGGCUAAAUCACUGUGGUGAACACCAUAACCUGGUUGGGAGCAGGUUGUGCUCAGAGUUUUGGUUUAAAAUGAGCUCAUUCUCACUGAUUCUUUGAGAAAUAUGUUCUAUAUGUGCAAGCUGUAUCUUACUAAAACCACUGAACGAACCACCACAUGUGCAUGUAUAAAUUUGGCGAUGCAGGAAAUGUUAGAGCUAUUAUAUUGUUAUAUUGUUAGAGCAGCACAUUAGAAUCAAGGAUGUCUGUUUUGCAUUGCUGGAAUUGCAGGUACUAGAACACAGAACACAUGCCGAGAAUACCUGUUAGGUUAGUGAAAUUAAUUUCACUUUGAUCUGCAGACAAACUGAAGUGAUUUCCACGUCUCCUUAAUUAGGCUGUGAGACAGUAAAGCUUUAAUAUUUAAGUGGAUCCCGUGUAAAGUUUCAAAGCCAUCACUAAGAAAUUAACAGCAGCUUCAAGAUCGAUAAAACAACUAACUUGAAUUAAAAUGUUUAUUUUUACCGCUCUGUGUGAUAAAUCCUCACAUUAAUCUCUUGCGACCUGUCCAGGUUAUACCCUGCCUGCCCCGCCCCCGUGACCCUGAAUUGGAUAAGUGGAAGAAAAUGGAUGGAUGGAUUAAUGUCCUAUUUGUAAUGGUAUAGGUUUUGUCGAGUCCACUGAGGCAAAGAAAGCCUGUCUGUGUUGAACUUCAUCUGUAAUAUACCCCUCAGGUGUUGCGUUUCAUUACCAUGACUUGCAUAUGCGGUCAUGCUGCUACAAUGAACUGGACUGAGUAUUAAUUAUUCAUAAAUAAUUACUGGAUAAAAACUACAGUACCCAGUUGUUUUAAAGAGCUAUAGGCUUAAGUUCAAGGGCUGACAGCUACACUCUGGAGGAGUUUAAAAGUCAUUUUGAGGUAUUAACACAUUGUUGGUUUUGGUCUUUUGGGGGGAUUUUGUUGACUUAUUAAAUAGGAUAUCAGCCGCCUUAUCCUUUAAGAUCUGCCUGUGGUUGACACAUUUAAGUGUUAACUGGAACUACACAAAUACAAAGUACUGUAAUGAUGCUCAUGUUCAUCAUUGUGGAAUCUAUUGUUCAAAUAUAUCAUAACAUUUUUAUUGGAGAGUUUCAGUCUCUGGGAAUAAACCAAACCAUUAAUAUAUAUAAAGUCUGAAGUUGCUUCAUCUUUAAUUUGUUGCCAUUUUUAAACUGAAACUGCCUGAAAGCAGUGACAGGUGCUGUAAGUAUUUAAGCUUUUGGGUGUCAGGGCAGUUAAUGAUCUGUAUGUAAAUAUGGAGAACUCUUUAAAUUUGAGUGGGUUUUACAUGUCGUCACUUUGUUUCUACAUUACCACAGUCAACAGUGUCUUGCCAGUUUUUUUUUUUUUUUUUGUAUAUUUCUUGUGCAAUUUUGGCCCAAAUUUAAGUAAAGUCAACUGAAAGUAGAGAAUGAAUGAAAACAGAUAUUUUUGAUAAACUAUUUUAUCAUUGGAUUUGAUGAGUGGUUGUCUGGGUGGGGGAAAAAAUAAAUAUAAUAUUCAUACUUUAUGAAGUCCAGUGACAUUUCAGUUGUCCUUACUGUGCAGUCUGCAAAGGCUUGGACCCUAUUACUUGUCUGAUUGUUGUAACUAUUUGUAAUUAAUGCCCAACUUAUAUCAGAACAUAUCGGGCUAUUUAUAGAUCUACUACAUCCAUCAGUUCUCCCUUUUUUGUUAUCUGAGGCCUGUGUCCAUUUAAAACAUUU